UUUCACAGUCCUGUUUUGAGGCUUCUGUUUGAUUAGUUCCUCGCUCAUUUUCAGCAACUUCUCUCGAACCAUAUGUUUCUUUCUCAUAAAUAAAAUGUUUGAGAAGCUUAAAGGAAGUAGAUUUCCAAUUCAAGCGCCUCUCUGUUCGAAUUAGGAAAGAUGAAAGGUGCUGCAUUGGCAGCCAUUGCUGCUACAAUUGGCAACCUUUUGCAGGGUUGGGACAAUGCAACUAUUGCAGGAGCUGUAGUUUACAUAAAAAAAGAGCUCGAGGUGGGCGCUGCAACAGAAGGCCUUAUUGUGGCAAUGUCUCUUAUUGGAGCCACAGCCAUCACCACUUGUUCGGGGACGAUCUCAGACAUGGUUGGACGACGUCCAAUGCUCAUUCUGUCGUCUACCUUUUACUUUUUAAGUGGCUUGAUAAUGCUGUGGUCUCCCAAUGUCUAUGUCUUGCUUCUAGCUAGGCUGUUAGAUGGUUUUGGUGUCGGACUUGCUGUUACUCUCGUUCCCCUCUACAUAUCCGAGACAGCCCCUUCAGAGAUACGAGGCCUUCUGAAUACCCUUCCUCAGUUUGCUGGAACUGCCGGGAUGUUCUUGGCCUAUUGUAUGAUUUUCGGGAUGUCCUUGCUGCCUUCCCUGAGCUGGAGGUUGAUACUCGGACUUCUUUCAGUUCCUUCUCUUGUUUAUUUUGCGUUGAUGGUCUUGUAUCUGCCUGAAUCUCCCCGCUGGCUAGUGAGCAAAGGGAAGAUGUUGGAGGCCAAACGAGUUUUGCAGAAACUGCGCGCUAGGGAGGAUGUUUCCGGCGAGAUGGCUUUACUUGUAGAAGGUCUGGCAGUUGGUGGCGAGCCUUGUAUCGAAGAGUAUGUUAUCGGUCAAGCAGAUGAUGUAGAUGAGGACCAUGAGGGACGCGAUGAUGAAGACCAUAUCAAGUUGUAUGGACCGGAGGAGGGCCUCUCGUGGAUAGCAAAGCCAGUCACUGGUGAAAGUCGUCUCAGUCUAGUCUCACGGCAAGGGAGCAUCGUACAUCAAAAUGUGCCUCUUAUGGAUCCUCUGGUGACACUCUUCAGCAGUGUCCACGAGAAGCUGCCAGAGGCGGGGAGUAUGAGGAGCAUGCUUUUCCCCAAUUUUGGCAGUAUGUUUAGCACUGCAGAGCCUCAAGAUGAGGAUGAAGAUGAAGAGUGGGAUGAAGAGAGUCCACAGAGAGAAGGCGAGGGUUAUGCAUCGGAGGGUGGUUGUGUGGAGUCCGACAGCAAUCUGCAGAGCCCGUUGAUCUCACGCCAAACUACAACCAUGGAGAAUGGAUUCAUCCCUCCUCAUUCCCAUGGAAGCAUCUUGCAAGCGAACAGCGGCACAGUUGGUAGCACGGGUAUUGGCAGUGGCUGGCAACUAGCAUGGAAAUGGUCGGAAGGAGGAGGUGAAGAUGGAAAGAAAGGGGUAUUCAAGAGGAUUUACCUGCACGAGGGAGCAGCAUCUGGCACGAGGCCUGGCUCUCUCGUCUCACUCUCCGGUGGUGGUGAUUUCGGCGAAUACAUCCAUGCUGCAGCUGUAGUAAGCCAGCCAACUCUCUAUGCAAAGGAACUUGUCGGACCAGCAAUGGUGCAUCCUUCACAAGAUACUUCAAAAGGGCCUCUUUUGGCUGCUCUUCUCGAACCAGGCGUUAAACGAGCAUUAUUCGUUGGGAUCGGACUUCAAAUGCUGCAGCAGUUCUCCGGCAUCAAUGGGGUUUUGUACUACACUCCUCAAAUCCUCGAGCAAGCAGGGGCCGGUGUUCUCCUCUCAAAUCUUGGGAUCAGCUCAGACUCCUCGACAUUCCUCAUCAGUGCGCUGACAAACUUAUUGAUGCUUCCGAGUAUUGGUGUUGCAAUGAGGCUCAUGGAUGUCGCCGGAAGAAGGUCAUUGCUACUUACCACGAUUCCCAUCCUAAUAACAUCACUCGUUGUACUGGUGAUUGGGAAUGUGUUUGAUUUCGGCGACGUGGCUCAUGCAGUUAUCUCAACUGUGUGUGUGGUGAUGUACUUCUGCACGUUCGUGAUGGGGUACGGGCCAGUCCCUAACAUCCUAUGCUCAGAGAUUUUCCCUACGAGAGUCCGUGGACUCUGUAUUGCAAUAUGUGCCCUUGUUUUCUGGAUAUGUGAUGUCAUUGUUACUUACACGCUCCCUGUGAUGCUUGGGUCCAUCGGCUUGGCUGGUGUUUUCGGGAUCUAUGCCAUCAUCUGUGCCAUCUCAUGGUUUUUCGUGUUCUUGAGGGUUCCGGAGACAAAAGGCAUGCCAUUGGAGGUCAUCACAGACUUCUUUGCUGUGGGAGCAAAGUUUGAGUGACAGAAAUGCAGCUAUUGAU